GCUCCCCCCAGAAUCAUCAACGCACUUCCAUGUCUAACUAAUUAGACACCCUCCUAUCUCCAAUCUAUCUUGUAUACCAAUCCUCAGUGACUGGUAACAGCACAGUCGCGCUUAUGCGUUUGGCACCUUCCGUCUUCACUUCUCAGGACUACAUCUCGGAUCACCUCUGGAAAGCUUCCGGAAACUUCUGAAUCCACUUCACACAACCCGCCGUAUUCUUCUUUCACAUCAAAUAAAUCCUAUCACAAUGUUCGCUCGUGUGUUCAAGGCCAUGCCCGCCAGGGCCCCUGCCUUCACUUCCGUGAAUGCUUCUAUCCAGUCCCGCUUCAUGGCUACCGUCCGUCAGGGACGUCCCGCCACUGAACGUGCCACUUUCACGAUCCGAGAUGGCCCCAUCUUCCAUGGAAAGUCCUUUGGAGCCCGCUCCAACAUUUCCGGUGAAGCCGUCUUCACCACCUCUCUGGUCGGAUACCCCGAGUCCUUGACCGACCCCUCCUACCGUGGUCAGAUCCUGGUCUUCACCCAGCCUCUGAUCGGUAACUACGGUGUCCCCUCUGCCGAGAGGGACCAGCACGGUCUGCUCAAGUACUUUGAGUCUCCCAACCUCCAGGCCGCUGGUGUCGUCGUGGCCGAUGUGGCUGAGCAGUACAGCCACUGGACCGCCGUCGAGAGUCUCGGUGAAUGGUGUGCCCGUGAGGGUGUGCCCGCCAUCUCCGGCGUCGACACUCGUGCCAUUGUCACCUACCUCCGUGAGCAGGGUUCUUCCCUCGCUCGUAUCACCGUCGGUGAGGAGUACGACGCUGACCAGGAUGAGGCCUUCGUCGACCCUGAGCAGAUCCACCUGGUCCGCCAGGUCAGCACCAAGGCUCCUUUCCACGUCAGCGCCGCCGACCCCCAGUGCCACGUCGCUGUGCUCGACUGCGGUGUCAAGGAGAACAUCCUGCGUAGCUUGGUCAGCCGUGGAGCCAGUAUCACUGUGUUCCCCUUUGACUACCCCAUCCACAAGGUCGCCCACCACUUCGAUGGUGUCUUCAUCUCCAACGGCCCCGGUGACCCGACUCACUGCCAGGACACCGUCUACCACCUCCGUCGCCUGAUGGAGACUUCCCAGGUACCCAUCUUCGGUAUCUGUCUGGGUCACCAGCUCCUGGCUCUGGCCAACGGUGCUCGCACCAUCAAGCUCAAGUAUGGUAACCGUGCCCACAACAUCCCGGCUCUGGACACCACUACUGGCCGCUGCCACAUCACCAGCCAGAACCACGGUUAUGCCGUGGAUGCUUCCACCCUGCCUUCCGACUGGAAGCCCUACUUCGUCAACCUGAACGAUUCUAGCAACGAGGGUAUGAUCCACAAGACUCGUCCCAUCUUCAGCACCCAGUUCCACCCCGAGGCCAAGGGCGGUCCCCUGGACUCCUCUUACCUCUUCGACAUCUACCUGGACAGCGUCGUCAAGUACAAGAACCAUCAGCUGGCGUUCCACCCCAACCGGAACACUGUUCCCAGCCCUCUCUUGGUUGACCUCUUGGCCAAGGAGCGUGUGGGCGUUCAGCCUACCAUUGGCAUGCAGAACGUGGCCGCCGCUGCUGCUGCUGCCGCCGCUGCCGCUUAAAGGAAUGUCAUUUGGAACUGGAGUUUGGGUUUGGGUUUAGGUCGGAAUAUCUUUGGUUGUACAUGAUUCAUUCGGUUUAGAUUGGGUACAUUUCGGUUUAGGAAUAUAUUUUCACUUCAC